UUCCUAUUCCAACGCCUAUUAAUCCUAUCACUCGUACGACUCAUUAUAUAUUUGAAUAAAUUAUAUCAAGACUGCAAUGCAGUCAACACUUACUAUAGUGACCACGACUUCUACUUCUGUAUAAUAAGUGUUAUUUCACUCAUUUGUCCGCCAAUUGUGUACGCGUUUUAUUUGAUCGGAGACAGUCUUGUCAAGGAAAUACAUAUCAACCGCAAGGAUGUCAGCACUAAGACUGUCAACGGAUUACUGUUGAUUCCCUGGCAGAUCAAGAGGCAUUUAGAUGUCCUCCACUUUGUGGCCCAAAGGAUAUGUAUGUGUCGUUCCCCUCAGAGUGAGGAACAGGAGGACAUCGUGUCGAUGCAGAGGAACGCAGAAGUGUUGGAGUUUUUUGAGGACUUUUACGCCGGGUUUCUGCAGAUUUUGCUCCAACUCUACAUACUUUUGCUUCAAUUGGCAAAAACAGAUGGAUUUCAGACACAAGUUUUGAUAGGAGAGCUGAUCGGCUCCGGACUAUGCGUGCUAUCAAUGAUGAUAGCCGUCCGCCGUCGGGACGACGGUAUCCUCACGAGUGUCCUGUCAUUCGUCGGAUGGCUAUCGCUGUUCGUCUCGCGAGUUAUCGUCUUCUCACUGAUCGCCUCAAUAAUAGGCAUUUAUGUCGUAAUCCUGGCGCUCAUCCACGCCCUCUCCAUCAGUAUAUGGGUCUACAACAUAGCCAUAGAGUCUCACACGACGGCCACCUCCGGCCCCACUGUCGACCAAUGGACAACCCGUCGACGCGUAUCGAUGUCUAUAAUGGUGUUCCUAUUCUUCGGGUUGCCAUCACUGCUCAUAUGGCCGAUCAUGUUUCAGCUGAAGGAGAACCUCCGGCCCCUCAAGUUCUUACUGAUCGUAGCCCUCGAGAACAUCGGUCUCCUUAGCGUAUGGUUUGCCGUUCAGUUCAGUAGAGGGACGACACUCUCGCAGUUGACGGACACUCACCACUGGAUGGUCAUCGGGGCGGUGGUCGGCACACUCGCCAGCGCUCUAUUCCUCACCGGUUACGUGGUCUGUAAGCCUAAGCUCACGGAUCAGGUGGUGUUGCAUAAGAUGCGGGCCAUGGACUCCGAGAGUUAUGGCAUUUAUUAUGAAUUCUGUGAUAUUGUCUUCAAACUACCCAACACUGAGUGGAUUGAACACGACUUGGAGGCCGUCUCUAAGAUGAACACAUAGUUCGCAAUACCUGUGCGUUUCGAGAUUAGGUCAGACCUACGCUGUAAUCAGUA